AUGGCAUCUCAGGUAGAACGAGACGCAAAGAUUGUCGGCACCGCCUUGGCGGGGGUUUUGCCACACACCAACAAGUAUUGGUUCCAGAAACCUCACUUGAUUCGCUUAAAUCUCCUGCUUCUCAUUCCCUUAUUGUCAAGCUCCGUCUCUGGCUAUGAUGGCUCCUUGAUGAACGGCCUACAGUCUCUUCAUCAAUGGCGAGAAUACUUUGGCAACCCUGCAGGCGAGAUGCUUGGACUCGUCAACGCCGCCCAGUCCAUUGGAUCCGUCCUCGCCCUCCCGUUCGUCGGUACCCUCUCCGACAAGUUCGGCCGAAAGCCAGUCCUGCUGGGCGGAAUUAUCCUCAUCACCAUUGCUUCCAUCAUCCAAGCUGCUUCAGUCAACUACGCCAUGUUUGUCGUAUCUCGAAUCAUUGUCGGCUUCGGCGGCAUGUUUGUUGUACAGCCAAGCCCGAUGCUGAUUGCAGAGCUUGCAUAUCCGACCCAUCGAGGCAAAUAUACAUCUGCGUUUUGGACCUUCUACUACUUAGGAGCAAUUUUAGCUUCUUGGACGACGUUUGGAACCCAAAAUCACCAGAGCGCUGUUUCUUGGAGAGUCCCCUCCGCUCUCCAGGCUCUCUUUCCUAUCAUCCAAUUCAUAUUUUACUGGCAACUCCCUGAGUCUCCCCGCUGGCUGGUUGCCCAGGAUCGCACCCAGGAGGCUGCUGCCAUCCUCACCAAGUAUCAUGAUCCAGAAACAGAGAACAGCCCCCUUGUGCGUCACGAGCUAUCCGAAAUUGUUGAAACCAUUCAACAUGAGAAGGCGGCCAAGAGCACGGGCUGGUUAGCCCUUGUCAGCACCCCUGGAAACCGGAAGCGUACUCUCAUCGCCGUCUGCACUGGUGCGAUGGCUCAAUGGAAUGGAAUAGGCGUCGUUUCGUACUACCUAACACUCGUACUCGACACUGUUGGAAUUAAAGAUACCUUCGACCAGACGCUCAUCAACGGGUUACUCCAAAUCUUCAACUUUGGUGCUGCGCUCAGCGCCGCGUUCCUGGUCGAUCGACUAGGUCGCCGAACUCUAUUCUUGUGGUCUGGUGUUGGUAUGCUCGUUUCCUAUGUGGUAUGGACAGCUUGCUCGGCGAUCAACUCGGAUACUGGGAAUAAGUCCGCAGGAAUUGUCGUUGUCGUGUGCCUCUUCGUCUUCUUCUUCCAUUACGAUAUCGCCUGGACACCGCUAUUAUUUGGCUAUCCCACAGAGAUCUUCCCAUACUACCUUCGAUCAAAGGGCAUCGCUCUCGAGUUGUUUGCCAUCUAUGGAUCGCUGAUUAUUGCGGCAUUUGCGAAUCCUAUUGGCCUUGAAAACAUUGGAUGGAAAUACUACAUUGUGUUCUGCGUCUUGCUCGUGGUCUUCCUUGCGAUCACCUAUUUCCUCUUCCCGGAGACCAAGGGAUACAGUCUGGAGGAGAUUUCCAGGAUUUUCGACGGUGAUGAAGCUCUCCAUCAGACCAAGGUUGGAGGUACAAAUGGAAAAGGCCCCAAGGAGGUGACUGAUUCUGCGAGCCAUUUGGAGACAGUCUGA